AUGCAGCGGGCCUUGUUUACUGAGGAAGAGGUGCGCCUCGCCUCCGAGCGACGCCUGAAAUAUCGAGGGUCGGCGAAAGUCAGCAUCAGUGACAUUGAAUUUGACCCACCAUUGCCUCGAGACCUAGACUCGAGAAAUCUAGACAGGAUUUGUCAGAUUUUUCGAAAGAAUCGCUGUCGUCGCCUUGACGUGGAGAAUCGUAUUCCAGUGAUCGUAGCUCGAAAUGAUCUAUCCACGGCGCUCGAGCAAGCGGAAGUGACAGCCGGCGCUUUGAUGACUAAGAGUGCUGAGCGUCUUCCUAGUCUCCGAUUCCCAUCAGGCAAGCUGCGGGGUCUGCAUGGACGACAUCGCGCGCAGGCCGGCUCUAUGGUGCUGGCGCCCAUCGACCGAUGGUGGGCCGUAGACCUAUAUUUUGACGAUAUUAGUGAGGAACUAAGGACGACUUUAGUAGAAGAAUAUUCCAACCAGAAGUCGCCAACUGAUGGCGAAAUAUAUCGAAAAAUACGACAAUAUGAAGGUGAGAAGAACGAGCCUUUCCGAGAGCGGUGGUUUGUACGAUUGUCAAAAAGCAAUCAAGGUCGGCUGGAACAACUCGACAACCGCAGAAAUCGCCGGCUUCGCGGCGCUUUUGAUAAAUUGCUACGGAUUCCAGGCAUUUGGCCCAAUGGGAUGAGGAUCAGCAUGCUACAUCGUCUGAUUGCCACUGACUGUGUAGAAGAGAUGAUCACCUAUCUCAAACACAUCGAGGAGUUCUGGUCAUCUCUCGUCGGCGCCGAUACGGCUGCCAUGAAGAAAAUAGAUCAAGAUACUGUAGAUAACCUGCAGCUUUUGGCCCCCGGUAAGAGCCGCGCGGAUAAAAGUACCGCAUGUGGCCUUGUUCUGAGUGGCCGGGCAUUUUCAGAUUUCAGUGAGACAGAGCGAAGGUCUAUCUGGAGCCGUCUGGAGGUCUUUGAUGGUCUGGUACCGUCGCUAUAUACCUUUUUCGAGGAUUUCAAAUAUCUGGAAAACUGCGCCCAGUGCAUUAAGCGCCUCUUCGGGCCCGUUAACGAGUCCAUAUGGAACACCAUGAAACAUAUGUUCCAUGGUUCACCAGACCUCGAACAAGAUUGUCUCAUUCAGACGUCCGAGUGCACUGAGCGUCUUCAACGCGCAGGCUGUGCAGAAUGCCUCGAUCUCGGUUACCGACAGGUUUGGCUCUUUGCCAUGCGGAACUAUACUCUCAUGCCAACUGAUCCGAAGAACGAUGACGAUCUCCUGGCAAAGCCCAAUCGAGCCAUGGCAGAUGCUCGUACGAUCUACGAUAUGGCAGACCUCGCGCGCCGCCUUGGAUUCCAUUCUUCGGAGAUUGAGAGUCUCUUGCAAGGGUCUCCUGACCGACAGAUCGCCCGGGAUGCUCUUCUGCAGGCCCGAAAACCCCACCGCUUUCGAUAUGACGUGCGCAAAUUCGAUGCUCUUGUCGACCGGAUCGUUGAGUGCUUCUCAGCCGCUGUCCCUUACGAGCCUGAGCGGAACCCUGAGCUUUUGGCAGAUAGCACCGUAAAGGCUCGAGCACGAUGCGGGACGCCCCAAAAGCGGACGCAUAGGCAAGACAGCCUACAUCUGUUUAUAGACUAUCUUCAUAAGGACGAGAUCAUAAUUGCCGAUACAAUUACCACAUUUUUCGUCCGUCGCUGCGUCUAUUUUGCUUUUUUCGGGAAACCUUGCUCUCAUAGCAACCUGCAUAUGGAUCGCGAUGGUGACCCGCUUUCCCAGAGUUCACCUGUGUUUUCGCCGUUGUUUAUAAGGGACGAUAGCGCUGCCGCGGACCUGGAGACCACUAUUCCCGCGAGACAGACGGCGGAGCAACCUGAAUCCGAGCCGGAAGGAGCAUCGGCAGGAAGAGGCCAACAGAACAUACGGGAGCGGCAGCACCAGUCAAGAGUCCAUGAGAGGUUACGACGCCGGACACGCAAAAUGCGAAAGCGAAGACGCCAGACACAACUAGGGGGACAGACUGCUGAGCCAUCAAUGGAGCUAGACUCCCUGAGCGCAAGGUCCACGAACGACGAGGUAAAGGAUAACGACGGCUCGGAUCCGAGGAUCACCGAUGCAGGCACCCCUGAGCCAUCAUCACCAACUGCAGCCGUGGAUCUGAUGUCUAGGGCUACUACACCGGACCCUGAGCCUCUAGUACAUGAUCGGACUGAACGUGAG